CCAAUUAAUGGCGUGGGAGUUUCAACUCGUACUACUCCUAUCCCCUCCUCCUCUCUUUCCUUAUCUUUUCUGAAUGUGCAAAUGGUUGACACAAGUGCUCUUAUACCUCCAGCAGGCCUAGUCCCAGACCGACUGGAUCUCUUAAACGAUAGUCUUACCGAUAAACAGUUGCUGUGUAUCGAGUAUGUGUGUGAAUUUGGCCUGGGUAUCAAUAAGGAGCUGGUAGCGUCUGCAAAGGAUCAAUGGGGACAGCUCAUAUUUAAUCUUCUCUACAACGUCCUGACUCAACAAUUCAGUGAUGCUCCAUCACUUUUACGUCUUAUCCUCAGUAUACUACGUUACGGUACGAGGAAUGAAGAUAUUGAGAAGCCCAAUGAAGAAGCAAUAAUUAUUUAUGACAAGUAUCCAAAUUUCGACAUGUGGCUGACACUAACUGUUGCCAUGACAUCGAUGAAGGACAGUGAUUACGAAGUAUUGAAAGAUCAUCUCAGACUUAACGUUUUGACUGGAUACAGCGACACAGGAAUCACGUCACCCUGUCAUCUUUUGGAGCUCAUGAAGAACCAGCCAGAACCACAUGGAUUUGAUUCAGAGAGCUUGGAUAACGUCUUGAAAUGGUUUAGGGAGUGUGGUCUCAAAUAUCCGAAAGAGAUUGUCGACUAUCAGAAACGUCAUAAUCAACAAGUACCUACUCACUGGGAGAUAUGUUGCAAAAGAAUUUGUUGUUUCUCAUUCUGUCUCAGUAUUGUUGCUAUAGUUACCUUUAUCCCCAUCUUAAUACUCUUGACCCUUCCUAACUACCCACACGUGACAAUCAAUGAUAGCUACAGCCAAAAUCAUUCCGUUGGAGUUAGGACGGUUGUCAAAAUUGGUGAAGUAUACAGGUCUAACGCUGUCCAAAAAUUACAGAUCGAAGCACUCCAGAAUGCUGAUGGUUUUCGUGCUAAUGGAACAGUGAUACAUCAAGUACAAAGAAACGGAUUUAACAUGUCGUCCAAAGAAUUGCAGCAUGUGAAUCGUCCUUUUAACUUUACUGACGAACGUCCCAUAUUCCUGAGAUAUUAUGAUGUAUCCAGUCCACUUUAUAAUGCUGAUGGACCAGGUGUUGUGAACUUUUCCUUUAAUUUGACAAACAGCAACGGAGGUGAUUGUGCAGUGAGAAUGGCUACUUUCAUCUCUCAUGAUGAUUUCGCAAACUAUUUUGAUGCUACACCAUAUAAACUGCCAAGUGAUAUACCUCAGAAUGCCUACAACUUUACUCCGUGUCUUAAUGAAUCUGGUACUUAUAAUUUCUCCUUAAACAUGAAGAGAGAUGCAUUCUCAUUUCCUUUUCGUCAUUUCGCACGUAAUGAAUGUACAUUUAACUGUCAAUAUUUCAGGAUAUAUUUCAGAGUAUUUGAUACAUGAUCAGGAAAGCUCUUGUAUUCUGAGCCCAUCAUGUCCUCCCAUUGUUAUCAGUGAUCAGGAAUGUACUAACAAUGAUGAUGACUUCGUUGAUGAUAGAUGGUACAUAUUUGGUACUUCUAGCAGUAGCUUUCGUGGAGAAGUGAAUCUAACAGUAUAUCCACUUUGCGAUAAAGACUAUAAAAAUCAGUAUUUAGCAGCAGGUGUAGCACCAGGUGGUGUUUUAUUCUUAUUAUUGGUUGUGUGUGGGUGGAGCUGCUUAGUAUGUUCGUGUAUAUCUGUCGGUAGGAAUGUUAAGAAAUUAAGACAGACCA